GCGCGCCGCGCCUCAGCGUUUGCCGCGCGCAGAUCGUGCGCAGAGCGUGCAGUUGAUAGCGCAUCGCACUGCUGCAAUCGCGUCGUCUCGCUUGCACGCCAUCGACUGCUCCCAGGCCCAGCGGCACAGCUUCAAAGUUGGACCAUUGCGUGAGAGCGCAGCUCCUUGCACGCCAUCGACGCGCUUUUAUGCAAGACUACCAAGCCAUGCUGCUCAAAGGCGCAAUAACGCUGGCGCUCCUGCAAUGCACCUGGGCCUUGACCUCGCCGCUGAAGCGCCUCCGCCGCGCGACGACCGUGACCAAGGGCGCCAACGUCGGCCUCGCGUCGCUCAAGCCCGCGGACCUGAAGAUCGCCGGCUCGGCCGCGUGCGGCUCCUACAUCCAGGGCUACACGACGGGCGUGCUCGGCGGCGCCCUGCUCUUCCUGGGGCCGCACUUUGGGCUCACGCCGGCGCAGAUCGGCGCCGUGGCGACGGCGACGACGCUGGGGAGCGUCCUGGGCACCUUUUCCGCGUCGGCGCUCGCGGACGCCGCGGGCCGGCGGCCGACGAUGGCCUUCUCGUCGGCGCUCUUCGUCGUGGCCUCGGUCCUGAUGGUCUGGACGCCGUCGCUGAACGUGUUGGUGCUGGCGCGGUUCCUGGCCGGCGUCGGCAUCGGGAACUGCGGCGCCGUCGUGCCCGUGUACGUCGCCGAGUGCGCCGAGGCCGCGUCGCGCGGCGCGCUCGCGACGCUGCCGCAGCUCAUGAUCUCGAGCGGCGCCAUGUCGGGCCUCGUGGUCACCUUCGCGGUGGCGCUCUGCCGCACGGGCCUGGGCUGGUCCGCGGCGACGGCGUCGCGCGUCUCGCUCGGCUUCACCCUGCUGCCGUCGCUGCUCUACGCCGCCCUCGUGCUGCGGCUGCCCGAGUCGCCGCGGUACCUGCUGCGCAAGGGCCGGCGGGAGCGGGCCCUCGCGGCCCUGGGCACGCUCCGGGGCGGCCCCUGCGAGGCCGAGCUCACCGCCCUCGAGCAGGCGACGGCCAAGGAGACCAAGGGCGCGGCGCGGCGCGAGGCCGGCUGGCGCACGCUCCUCGAGCCGAAGAUCCUGCGGCGGCUCGGCGUCUGCGUCGUCCUCCAGUUCUUCCAGCAGUUCGCGGGCAUCAACGCCAUCGUCUACUUCACGCCGCACAUCCUGAAGAGCUCCGGCACCGUCGCGACGCUCGGGUCGUCGCUGCGGCUCAGCGCGGACUCCGCGGCGCUCCUCGCGACGGCCGUCACGUACUUCCCCAAGAUCCCCGCCAUGUUCCUGACCAUGGCGCUCAUGGACACGUGGGGCCGGGCGAAGAUGCUGCGGGUGUUCAGCCCGGCGAUGGGGCUGUGCCUCGCGGCGCUCGGGCUCUCGCUCGGGUCGUCGUCGGGCGUCGCCGCGACCGUGGCGCUCGUCGCCAUCGCGCUCUACGGCAUCUUUUUCAACUUGUCGCUCGGGCCGGUGCCCAACAUCUACACGGCCGAGUCGUUCCCCGCGCGAGCGCGGUCCGCCGCGAUGACGGUGUCGCUCUGCGCGCAAUUCCUUGCGCACGCGAUGGUGUCCUUCUGGUUCCCGGUGCUCAUGGCGUCUCGCGGCGCGCCCGCGGUCCUGUAUUCGUUCGCCGGGAUCUGUGGGGUUGCGGGCCUCUUCGCGUGCACGCUGGCCGAGACGAAGCAGGCGUCGCUCGAGGCUAUUGCUUCGGAGCUCGACUGACUAAUAUUUUUAGGAGUGGU